UCAACAUGUCCUUACUCAUCUGAACACAGGUUUUCCAGCUGCUCAGAAGUUAACCUCUAGGAUUUCAAAAUGUUGACAAUUUCUUUAAUCUGGGGCAUUGUUGUGGCAGUAUGCUUUUGCUUGUGGCUUAUUAUUGGAAUAAGGAGGAGGUGUAUAGGAGAGCCACCUCUGGACAAUGGGCUAAUUCCAUAUGUAGGCUGUGCUCUGCAGUUUGGAGCCAAUCCUCUUGAAUUUCUCAGGACAAAUAAAAGGAAAUAUGGUCAUAUUUUUACAUGCAAACUAAUGGGAAAAUAUGUGCAUUUUGUUACCAAUCCUUUUUCAUACAAUACAGUAAUACGGCAUGGAAAAUACUUUGACUGGAAAAAAUUUAACUUUGCUGUCUCUGCAAAGGCAUUUGGGCACAGAAGCAUUGAUCCCAGUGAUGGAAAUACUACUGAAAAUGUACAUGAGACUUUCAUUAAAACUUUGCAGGGGGAUGCCUUGAAUUCCCUCACUGAAGCCAUGAUGGAAAAUCUCCAGUAUGUCAUGAGGCCACUAGAUCUUUCCAAAACAAAUCCUGAUGGCUGGGUAACAGAGGGCAUGUAUUCCUUCUGCUACAGAGUGAUGUUUGAGGCUGGUUAUUUGACUCUCUUUGGCAAAGAUCUUACAAGGCAAGAAGCACAGAGAACAUUCAUCCUAAAUAACCUUAACAACUUCAAGCAAUUUGACAAGAUCUUCCCAGCCUUGGUAGCAGGGAUUCCAAUCCACAUGUUUAAGAAUGCUCACAUUGCAAGGGAGAAAUUGGCUGAAGCUCUGAAGCAUGAAAAUCUACGGAAGAGAAAUAAUAUCUCAGAACUGGUCACAACUCGUAUGUUCUUGAAUGACACCCUCUCAACUUUUGAUGACAUGGAUAAGGCAAAAACUCACGUGGCUUUACUUUGGGCAGCUCAAGCUAAUACACUCCCUGCCACUUUCUGGUGCUUAUUUCACACAAUUAGGAGUCCAGAGGCAAUGAAGACAGCUACAGAAGAAGUCAGAAAAACUUUAGAAAAUUAUGGCCAAAAAAUUAGCUUUGAAGGCAAGCCUAUAAGCCUGAGUCAAAUGCAACUACAUGACAUGCCAGUGCUAGAUAGUAUAAUCAAGGAGGCUUUACGACUUUCUAGUGCAUCCUUGAACAUCCGAGUUGCUAAAGAGGAUUUCACUUUGCACUUAGAGGAGGGAUCCUAUAAUAUCCGAAAGGAUGACAUAGUAGCUCUUUAUCCCCAGAUGCUGCACUUAGAUCCAGAAAUUUACCCUGACCCCUUGGUUUUUAAAUAUGACCGUUACCUCAAUGAAAAUGGAAAACCAAAGACAAACUUCUAUUGUAAUGGCAUCAAGUUAAAAUAUUACUAUAUGCCCUUUGGAUCAGGACUGACAUUAUGUCCUGGAAGAGUGUUUGCUGUCCAGGAAAUCAAGCAAUUUUUAAUUCUGAUGCUUUCCUACUUUGAAAUGCAGCUUAUUGAUAGUCAAGUUAAAUGCCCUCCUUUAGACCAGUCUCGUGUAGGUUUGGGCAUUUUACCACCAACAUAUGAUAUUGAUUUCAAAUACAAACUAAAACACCGAUGAUUGUUUUACUGAUAGAAGAAAGGAACAUUGGGUAAUCUCACAUGUCCAAAGAAAGCCAUUGCCCCCAGCAAACCUGAUGGCAGGCAGAAUGAACAAUGUUAGGUUACAGUGUGGUAGGAAGAGCACAGGAUUUGGAGCUGGAUCUGUAUUUGAGCCUCAGCUCUGUUAUUUACUACUUGUUUGACCAUCAGCAAGUUGAUUAAUCACUAUGGGACUCAAUUUCCUUAUUUGCAAAAUGGGGAAGGGAUAUUGCACUAAAUGAUUUCAAAGUUCCCUUCUCACUUUAGAUUUGUGCCACAGGGUGGGCUCAAGUAUUUCACUAGUUCUGUUUUUAUUUACUAGUACUUGCUAAUAAAGUAUGACAUCUUAGGAAUAAUUUUAGAUACCACAUAAAAUUGUGCUUCUGCAAAGAAUAGUUUAAAAUUAUUCUUUGUUUAAAUUAAUGUAUCAACUUUCAGCCAAAGCCUACAUUUUAUUCUAGGGAGAAGGGGCAGGGAAUUGGUACUUUUACAGGAGGGAAGGGUUGCAGUUAGUUGAGAAUUUUUUUUCCUAAGGAAACUCCUUUUUAUAUUUACAAAAAUCAGCCAACCAUUAUUUAGAAAAAUAAAUAAUAAACAUAAAAAGCAAUUCACGUUUUAGUGAAACUGCCAAUCAGACACACUGGUGGCUUCUUCAGCUGUGAAAAUGGUUUUAUAAAGACUUAACAAUUCAGAUAUUAAAGCUAAGUGAGGGAAUGUCUUUCAACUGUCUUUGCAUCUUAGAUAAUUAAGACAACCUAAUUUUCCAGUUUUAAAAGGUAAUUUCAAUGUACUAAUAACAUUGAACUUUGUUGUAAUAUAU